CGAAAGGACGAGCAAGCGGCAGCGCAUUGCCCUAAUCCAUUCGUCGCAGCUCAGCUCGAUCGAGAGCGAUGGCGCAAUCGGCCGCCAAGGUUGCCUUCAUCGGUCUGGGAGCGAUGGGAUUCGGCAUGGCAUCGACGCUCGUUCGUUCCGGAUUCCAAGUCCAGGGAUAUGAUAUUUCGGAGCCGGCUAUGCAGCGAUUUUGCGAAAUAGGUGGAUCGUCCAGCUCCAGUCCAGCCCAUGCAGCUCAAGACGCUUCGAUUCUGAUUGUUAUGGUGACCAAUUCGGAUCAAGCUGACGCUGUUCUUUUUGGAUCGAACGGAGCUGCCGCUGUUGUUCCUGAAGGAGCAGUCAUUGUAAUUUGCUCAACCGUGGCACCUGGAUACAUCCGAAAGCUCGACAAGAAACUGACAGAAAGAAAACUCUACCUAGUGGAUGCACCAGUUUCUGGUGGUGUCGCGAGAGCAGCUAACGGAACGCUCACAAUAAUGGCUGCAGGAUCGAAAGUAGCUUUUGACAAAGCUAUGCCGGUUCUUUCAGCUAUGAGUGAGAAACUUUACAUCAUAGACGGUGGCAUUGGAGCAGGAAGUUCUGUCAAAAUGGUAAACCAGCUACUUGCAGGAGUCCACAUUGCUGCAUCUGCAGAGGCAAUGGCCUUCGCAGCUCGCGUGGGAUUAAAUACAAGACUUGUAUACGAGGUUGUGUCACAUUCAUCGGGGAGCUCAUGGAUGUUCAUCAAUCGUGUGCCGCAUAUGCUGGAUGAUGAUUAUUUCCCUCAUUCCGCUCUUAACAUAUUCGUAAAAGACCUUGGUAUUGUCUUAUCUGAAGGGAGGGAACACGUAUUUCCACUUCCACUGGCUGCAGCAGCUCAUCAACAAUUUUUACUGGGAUCUUCAUCUGGGUAUGGUCGUGAAGACGAUGCUGCAGUUGUCAAGGUGUGGGAGAAAACCGCAGGGAUUAAAGUGUCUUCUCCAACCAUUGAUUCUCUUAAGACACCAGAAGAUGCUGGCCGUCCAGAAAAAAUUGCAUUUAUUGGACUCGGAGCCAUGGGCUUGCGCAUGGCUUCUAGGCUCGUUGCUAAGAAGUUUUCCGUCUGUGGCUUUGACGUGUCAAAGUCCGCAUUAACGAAAUUUGAAGAAAUUGGGGGUCUUGCUGGCAGGAGCCCCGCAACGGCCGCAAAAGGUUCUCAAGUUCUAUUUAUCAUGGUUGCUACUGAAGACCAAAUAGAGAACGUUCUGUUUGCUGAUGAUGGAGCAUUGUCAGCAUUGACUGCUGAAGCGGCCAUUGUGAUAUGUUCCACUGUAUCUCCUGAUUACAUUACAAAUCUCGGAACUCGGCUCGAAGAUCGAGGCAUCCAUAUGGUGGACGCUCCAGUCUCAGGGGGAACAAAAGGAGCAGCAAAUGGAUCCUUGAGUAUAAUGGCUAGCGGUACGAACGAGGGUUUGAAGAUGGCGUAUCCCGUGCUUUCAGCACUUGGGGACAAGCUAUAUUUUAUUGGAGGCGGUGCUGGAGCUGGCAGCACUAUGAAGAUGGUAAACCAGCUUUUAGCGGGUAUCCACCUUGUUGUUGCAGCAGAGGCCGUAGCGUUGGGGGCUCGUGCAGGGCUUGACACACAGCUGGUUUUCGACAUAAUCUCAAAUGCUGCCGGAAGUUCAUGGAUGUUUGUCGACCGUGUUCCGCGCAUGCUAAGUGGUGAUUACUCUUCACACUCCAACCUAGAUACUUUUGUUAAGGAUCUGGGAAUUGUUCUUGAUGUUGCCAAAAAGCUGUGUAUAGCGGUUCCGCUGGCUUCUGCUGCUCAUCAGCUUUUUCUAGCGGGUUCCGCUUCCGGCUUGGGUAAGCAAGACGAUGCAGCUGUUGUUAAGGUCUAUCAGCAGCUGUCCGGUGUAAAAGUUGCUACGACCAAGAGUCAAGCAGAAAGCAGCGAUCUGAAAGCUGAAUCUGCAUCUUUACUUCCAAUCAUUGCCAAGGAUGUCGCCUUUACGAAUUUGCCAGAGGAAUAUCACGAGGAUCCGAUUGAGGCAAUAUGCGAUGCAAAACGUGAAGAAAAAGCAAAAGUUCUUGUUGUUUUGGAUGACGAUCCUACUGGAACACAAACGGUACACGAUGUCACAGUUCUGACAGAGUGGGGCAUUGAGUCCAUAAAGAAAGAGUUUCAAAAAUCUCCUGCUUGCUUCUUCAUACUUACCAACUCCAGAGCUUUGAGCACUGGCAAGGCAGUUGAGUUGACAAAAGCGAUAUGUCGCAAUGUUGACGCUGCAGCAUCUUCUUGUGGAAACGUUGGUUACACUAUUGUGCUUCGCGGCGAUUCAACUCUUCGCGGUCACUUUCCCGAGGAAGCAGAUGCAGUAUGUGAUGUUAUUGGAGAGUCAGAUGCAUGGAUAAUCUGUCCAUUUUUCUGGCAAGGAGGUCGCUAUACUAUCAAUGAUAUUCAUUAUGUUUCUGAUGGAACUAUGCUUGUGCCUGCGGGACAAACGGAGUUUGCGCAGGACUCCGUUUUUGGAUACAAGUCAUCAAACCUUCGCGAGUGGGUGGAAGAAAAAACUAAAGGUCGAGUAUCCUUUGGAGAUGUAGCUUCUGUUUCUAUUGCUACAAUUCGUAAAGGAGGCCCCUCUGCCGUAUGUGAACAGCUAUGUAAUCUCUCGAAGAAUUCGAUUUGCGUGGUGAAUGCCGCUAGCGAAAGAGAUAUUUCCGUGUUCGCUGCUGGAAUGAUCCAAGCUGAGGGAAAAGGAAAACGUUUUCUUUGUCGAACAGCUGCAGGUUUUGUGUCUGCCCGGAUUGGGCUCAGGUCCAAGCCACCCGUUACUCCAGUGGACCUUGAAGCAGACAAACAAACAAGCUGGCUAAACGGUGGCCUUAUACUUGUGGGAUCCUACGUGCCUAAAACUACAAAACAGGUGGAAGAGCUGAAACUAAAACGGAGAGGAAGUUCUCUCCAGUCUCUAGAUGUUUAUGUUAUAGCUAUGACCAUGAGUCCAGACAAUGUAAGAGAUGCAGAGAUUGCUAGAGUAUCUAAUGCGGCAGAUGUGUUUCUAUCGGCCGGACAAGAUACACUAAUCGUUACAAGCCGUGUCCUUGUAACAGGAAGCAGUAAUUUAGAGAGCCUUGAUAUUGGAAACAAAGUCAGCUCAGCAUUGGUCGAAAUUGUUAAGCGUAUUCAUACUCGUCCCCGGUACAUAAUUGCGAAGGGUGGCAUAACGUCGUCGGACCUGGCAACAAAGGCUAUGGGCGCGAGCCGAGCAGAAGUUGUGGGGCAGGCAUUAGCAGGAGUACCUAUGUGGAAGCUUGGACCUGGAAGUCGGCAUCCUGGAAUCCCGUACAUAGUAUUUCCGGGGAACGUUGGAGGAGUGGAUGCUCUUGCCACUGUUGUGUCUCGCUGGGCAAGACCGAAACGAAAAUCAACCAAAGACAUUCUUAUGGAUGCUGAAAGUGGAGGAUAUGCGGUGGGAGCUUUUAAUAUCUACAAUUUGGAGGGGGCGAAAGCUGUGAUAAGUGCGGCUGAAGCCGAAAAAAGUCCAGCUAUCCUGCAGAUUCAUCCAGCUGCUUAUCGGCAUGGUGGGCGGGCUUUGGUGGCCUCCUGCACUGCUGCUGCAAAAAGUGCUAACGUGCCUAUAACUGUUCAUUUCGACCAUGGCAAUGAUGAAGCAGAACUUGUGGAGACCUUGGAGCUGGGAUUCGAUUCAAUAAUGGCUGAUGGGUCGCACCUAGCAUUUGACGACAAUGUGGCAUUUACCAAGCGUAUAGCAUCGAUGGCACAUUCAAAGGGCCUCGUUGUAGAGGCCGAGCUCGGCAGGCUCUCGGGUACAGAAGACGAUCAGACCGUCGAAGAAUACGAGUCGAAGCUCACCGAUAUCGACCAGGCGAAAGAGUUCCUGGAAAAGACUUGCGUAGACGGACUUGCUGUGUGCGUCGGCAAUGUCCAUGGGAAGUACCCGGCAAGUGGACCGAAACUGGACAUGGAACUUCUCAAGGAGCUGAGAAAGACGGCUGCUGACCGUGGAGUGCUCCUUGUCUUGCACGGAGCUUCGGGCCUACCAGCAAGCAUGAUCCAGGCCUGCAUUGACAACGGUGUACGCAAGUUCAACGUAAACACCGAGCUCCGGACGGCCUACACGGAAGCAAUCGUGAGCUGCUCCGGAAAGAGAGACAUUCUGGAGAUGAUGAAGCACGCUCAAUCCGCCAUGGAAGCUGUAGCGGCGAGCAAAAUGAGGAGCUUUGGCUCAUCAAGGAGAUCCCCGGGCAUCAUGAGAGAAUGAAGAACCAAAAGAGCACAGAGGUAGCAAAUGAUGGGGAAUCCAGAAGUGACAAUCAAAUUGGUGAUAAUCAUCAUUCCGUGGAACUUGACGCAUCCAUGAAUGAUCGAUUCAGCUCACGGUGAGCUUUGUCAAUCGUGGACUUUGAGAAGAAGUAUAUCAGAUUUGGAUC